AUGGCGGGACCAAGAUCGCUCCACGAGACGACGGACGAUGAGCAUUCGCCCAAGUCUGGCACCCCAGCCAACGUCUCGGCCGCUUCUCUGGCUGCCGAGCAGCGCAUCACCGGCCUUGCCAUCCUACUAGGCGCUGUUGCCAGUAUUGGUGGUUUUAUGUUUGGCUAUGUGAGCGGUCAAAUCUCGGGCUUUUUCGAUAUGGAAGACUACGGCAGACGCUUUGGUGAAUUCAACGUCCUCACUGGCAAAUACGACUUCAGCGCUCCCAGACAAGGUGCCAUAGUCGGCCUAUUACCGGCCGGCUGCUUGUUUGGUUCGCUCAUUGCCGGCCGCAUCGCCGAUACCUUGGGUCGCCGCAUGGCCAUCUCGGUCACUGCCGUCUUCUGCUGCGUUGGAAACAUCAUUGAAAUCUCUUCGUCGAGUUCAUGGGCUCAAUUCGCUGUCGGUCGCCUCGUCACUGGUUUUGGUAUUGGUGCUCUCUCGGUUGCGGUACCCAUGUACCAAUCCGAGUCGGCCCCUGCCAAGAUCAGAGGUGUUCUUAUCUCGUGCUACCAACUCUUCAUCACCCUCGGCAUCUGGGUUGCUGAGAUGAUCAACUAUGGCACCCACACCAUGUCCAACUCUGGCUCGUGGCGCAUUCCCAACGGUCUGUCGUUCCUUUGGUCGCUCAUCCUCGGUGUAGGUAUCCUCUUCCUUCCCGAGUCCCCCCGCUUCGCCUACCGUGUUGGCCGCGAAGAGGAGGCGCGCAGGAGUAUCGCUCGCCUUGCUGGCCUCGAUGAGAGGGCCGCCUCUGUCAACCAACAAAUUGAUGAGAUCAAGGCCAAGCUUGAUGAGGAGAGAGCCGGCGCCCAGACGAGCUGGUACGAGAUCUUCACUGGUCCCCGCAUGCUCUACCGUACCCUUCUUGGUAUAACUCUCCAGGCUGGUCAACAACUGACGGGUGCCAACUUCUUCUUCUACUACGGUACCACCAUCUUCCGUGCCACCGGUCUUAGCGACAGCUACGUUACCCAGAUCAUUCUCGGUUCCGUCAACGUUGGUUGCACCUUUGGCGGACUCUACAUUGUCAAGAAGUGUGGAAGAAGAAAUGCUCUCAUGGGUGGCGCCCUCUGGAUGAUGGUGUGCUUCUUCGUCUACUCGUUUGUUGGUCGCUUCAAGCUUGACCCCGUCAACCCAGCCAACACGCCCACGGCCGGCAACGUCCUCAUCGUGUUCUCUUGCCUGUUCAUCGCCGCCUUCGCCACCACCUGGGGUCCUCUUGUCUGGGUCGUCACGGCUGAGCUCUACCCUGCCAAGUACCGCGCUCCUGCCAUGGCCAUUGCCACUGCCAGCAACUGGCUUUGGAACUUUUUGAUGAGCUUCUUCACCCGCUUCAUCACCGACUCGAUCGGCUACCUGUACGGUCUCGUCUUCGCCGGCUGCUGCGCUGCCCUUGUCCUCAUCGUCUUCUUCUUCUUGGUGGAGAGCAAGGACCGCAGCUUGGAGGAGAUUGACACCAUGUACAUGCUCCACGUCAACCCCAUCACCAGCGCCAAGUGGUCCGAGGACAUGGUGCCCUCCAGUUCCGCCAGCGACGAGAAGCAGACUGCGCACAUGGAGAAGAGCGACAAGCAAAUCCCUUGAAUUUGUCCUUUUAUGAUACCAACCGCCACGAAACUGCAUAAUAGUUUGACGGGGCAUUUGCAUUACGACUGGGAAGGCGACCUGGAGCCUCUCUUGCUUGCAUCUCUAGAGGUCAUAUAUUUGUCGCUCUCUUGGCCACGGCCCUGGAGAAGCAUAAACAUGCGUCUGUUGUAGGGAUUUCUUUCUUUUGGCGGAUAGGCGAAAACAAUGGGUUUUGUUGGGAUGUCUGUUUGCUUGCUACCCUACGGCUUUGCCAAGGGCACCUAAAUAUACGUGUCGAGUGUACGCGCUGGCGUUUUGUGCCGUGUAUGCGAGUUCCAAGGAGAGAGAGAGAGAGAGAGAG